AUAUCAACAAUGAGAAUGGCAUCCCGCGUGUUGUCACGUUGUUUUACCCAUCUGGAGCGUCGAGCAGCAACAAUAAACGUCCGAGCAAUUCACGGAAUAGCCCUUGAACACAACAAAAAAAAUUUCCAAAAUGAAAUUAAAAAAUUAUUUGAUACAUCGAGAAGUUUUCUCGAGGUUGAUUAUAACCUAGACUGCUCCUCAAGAAGAUGGAAACACGGGAAAAGCGGUAAAAAGGGGCGAAUUGAGGCCGAAGACGAUGACGAAGAUGAAGAGGAUGAAGAAAUGCGAAUGUUAGCUCAAGGUAAAAAUAAUAAAAUAAUUACCCCUAGCACAGCUUCAAUGAGGAUCGAUGCAGUCGUCAAAGCUGCUCUUGGAAUCGCUCGGAACAAAGCAGAUGUAGCUCUUUACGAGAGUAAAAUUCGUAUAAAUAGUGAAAAAGUCCUUAAGAAAGGAUAUCAAGUGAAUAUCAACGACGUCAUAGACUUCAUCGUCGGCCCCAGCCCCCAGAACCCAAAAUUCACAAUAGUGCAUCGAAUCACAAUUCUCGACGCCAAGCCCAACGUCGACACGAUAAAGCUGAAGGUCCUCAGAGAGAAGAAUCUCGUAAUCGACGACUACGCAGACUCCUACAAAGUCGAAUCAGUCGAGUGAUGUAAAAGUAGAAAAGUUUUUAUUUCUCUGUAAAUAUCUGUACAAAAUCCAAGAAGCUCGGCUUCCCUCAAUUACAAUUGAUUAAUUACUAACUUGAA